AAAAAACAUUUUCUUCGUGUUUCUAUCGAGUCACAGAAAAGCUGUGGAAACUUCUGCCUGCGCGCGGCUUGUGCUCUUACAAUGAGCAUUUCUCAGUAGUGUAGCAGCUUCUCAGUAGUGUAGCAGUGUCGUCAUUGCAGCAGCUGUUAUUGUUUUGGGGCUAGGGCGCAUUGUUUCUGUUGUUCGUUCUAUUGUCCUCUCAAUGGGUUUCAAGCCAUUCAUGUGAGACCUUACGAGAGCUGCUACAUCACCCAUUUCUCGUUAAUCCCACCUUCUGUCGUGUUUUGAUAACUGAAUAAAAACACGAAAAAGGCAUUGUUUCUCAAAUGGAGUUGAGUGUUGUGUCUUUAAGACAACGAUUAUGUUGACUUUAAACAAUUUCAUUUCAGCGUGGUCAUCAAGAGGAAUCGUAAACUCUGAUUUUUUACCUGGUCUAACUGAAAUUGUUACCAGUUUGUUCAUGGUUUAGUUUGAGUGGAAGGAAGAUGAUUGGCUUUUGGAAAACUGAAGAGCACUCGUCAAUUUUCAUGGUGCUUGUCAUUGCUUUAUGUUUUUUAAGAGGUUUGACUGCAUAGCUAACUUACAAUUCAUUUAGUACAGAAGACAGGGGUCUAAACCUAGUAAGAACUUCAGGGGACCCAGCAGUAAAAAUAAAUGUGCUGUUAUAUACCUGUGUUCCUGUGUCUUUUCUAGUCGUUUUGAAGGGAUUUGAAUGAAACGGAGGCGGUUUACAUUUCCUAAUAUUAUUGUAAUUAUGACGCUCUGAUUACGUCUCAAGUUUCGAUUAACGUGUAAAACUCCCAUCGGGGGAGAGAAGGAGAAAAGGGUCUUUUUUGCGGCCGUUAUGCAACCCGAGAAUCUCUCCCCUCGACGAGAGGUAAUAGUUAACGACGAUAAUAGAAGCUUGAGACGUAAUCGGAGCGUCAUAAUUACAAAGCGGCAGACGAGAAAAUAUUCGGAGAUAUAAACAGCCUUCGAUUCAUUCAAAUCUGUUCUAAACGGCUCAAAAAGACGCAGGAACACAGGCGUAUUCUGAAAACGAUCAACGAUAACCGUGGGUAGCCUAUCUCGAGGAAGCUGAACGAUGGCCAUGUAUCGGCAGAUCGCGGUUGGAAUUGGAACCAUGGAGAAUCAACGCCUGGAGAAAAACUUCCAGCUUCGUUUGCUGAAAUACCUCUUGUUUUGGUCUUUGUCGUUUUUCAUGAUUCAAGAUACCUCUUCUGCGACUGACAUGAAGUGUGAAAUAAAGUCAUCCUGCCCCUUGUCAGGGUGUCAGCACACAAAUCCCAUGAUAGUAGAUCCAGACUCCAACAUCACUCGCAAAUGCUCGAUCAGAACAGGAAUGCUGGCACAGGGAAUGACCUGGAAACAAGCCAGGCAAGCAGUCCAGAACAGUACUGGUUUAUCAGACUUGGUGUUGCUGCAAUCAAAUUCCGCAAAGGACAGCGGCAGUGUGUCAUGUUACUGUGCCAGCAUUAGCUUCACACGUAAACUGCAAGCUUGGACCUCAAGUACACCAAGGUUUUACGAUAAAGGCGUACCAAUCGAUUUAAAAUGCUUUUUCUCGGGAUGGCCUCUUCCCCGCGAGGUCCAAUGGUACAAGAACGGUGAAAUAAUAACGAACGGAACUGAAAGGAUUUAUCACUCAGAAGACAAGAAAUGGAAGAAAGGAGUGGAAACUCUCCGGAGCACACUUCAUCUUCCGCCGGGACGCGAGAAGCAGGAAGGAUUCUACAAGUGCAGUGCAAGAAACAGUAUUCCUGGCUGGAAGAGUGAAACCUUUAAAAUCCUUCAGAUGAUAUAUCAGUGUCCAUUACCAAAAGGCCCGACCAUUGAUUCGCUGGAGGUUCUCGCAGCCAAAUAUUCUAACGUCAACCUGUCAUGUUGGAUUGACUAUGAUCCUGGUUUUUUCUUAUGUUCAGGAGAGUGGUACUUAAAUGACAACCAGGCGCCCUUGGAGAGGGGUGAAAAGUACAAAAUAGUCGAGAAGAAAACACUAAGCAAAUGCAAGACAGAGUUCAUCCUCUCUAUUUCUAACGUUACGAAAAAUGACCGAGGAACCUACAGUUGCCACUGGCUCUGCGAUUUCAUAAACACCACAAAAGCUGCCAUUGACUUGAAAGUUUUUGAUAACCAGCCGACAGUUCAAGCAACAACUGAAAGUGCGACCACCUCGCCGAAAAAUGCUUUGCUUUCUUCUCCGCCUUCAGGAAUUCGCAGAGAGUGGCUCCUGCUGAUCGUGAUUUUAUCAGCCAGUAUCGGUGUGCUGUUCGUGUUAUGUGUUUGGUUUGUCGUGAAGAAAAAGAAGGCGUCUGCACUGUACACCAAAACGCGCAAUUCCAUUGCCUUGGAUCUAGCCGGUGGUUACUGAAGUAUCCAAAGUCUCGUUGAAGCUAAACUCCCUUUUAUGAGUAAGAUAAUAUAGAAAAAAGAGAAAACACUUAUAAACAAAAUUUCUAAACUUCUGUCAUUUUGUGAGUUCAGGGCAAGUUGUGCGAUCACUAAUAGCCAAUGACCGACGAUAAGGCGUGUAAUAUCUUAAGUCUUAUAAAACCAAAUUUAAGUCCAAAUCCUUGGUUUACAUUGCUUAGUCCGGAAGGGAUGUUUUGGUUUGGCUCGGUUGCUAAACGUUACCACGCAUCGAUUUCAUCGUGUUAAGCAAGCCCCCUUAAGCUGGAUUAUAUAACAGUUACCCAGUUUUCGCCGAACUUUAGGCAUUUUUCCGCAAGAUUUAGGAGGAUUCGAAGCUGAAAUCGCAUUCAUUUAAACGGCGCGCGCUGGCGCUUUCCACAAAUUUCAACUUGAUUUUGACUUUUGCAACGCGAAUUUUCAUUGGCUCAUCUGUUGUCAGGUGCGCGUUUUGAUUGGCUUGUAGAAAAGAUGAUUGUCCAGAGCGUGUAUUGAGAAAAUUUAUUUGGAUCAAUAAGUAAAUAAACACAAUUUCUCUUCA